CGCACUGGAGUGAAUACGAGUUUCGGGAGAUCUCUGAGAUUUCGUUAGGGGGUAACGAGGACGGUUGAUAACGGAUAAGAAACUGAAGUCAAUGGGUUGUGCUUUUGUCACCCCCCCUGUGAACUAGCGUGACUCUAGUCUAACUCUGGAGUCUGAUAUUGUGAGCUUCUAUUCGCAUGGAGUGUCCCUGCACCGGGACAGAGACACGUUUUGUCCUCCUCGUGGUAAUUCGGGUUAGAAAAGUCUUGGCCGAUCGUGUCGGGGUUCGCAAAGCGCACUGUGGUUGGGUUUUCCAAGCGAGUGCGCCAAAGAUAAAAGACGAGACGUCGUUCGCCCGUUGGUAUAGAAGGGGAGGAUGCAAAGGGAGGAAGAGAAAACUGGUAGCCUCGUGCCCUCUGGUGGGGUGAGCUUGCAUCGGAAGGAUAGUGGGGUAAAAUCGACGUAUCUGAAAGAAGUGGGGGUAAAAUAUAUCCAAGUGGCGGGGACGAUCAAGAUAGUAUGAGUUUGUAUAGUCAGUUCCUGGCUGCGUCCCUCGUGUUCUGUGUAUACUUCGAAGUAGGCCGGGGGGAGGGGAGUCAGCCAGGCAGAGACAGACUCGUGGGACAGGCUGGGUGCGGGAAGAGUGGGAAGAGUCGUAUGGUGGGGCACAGCCUACCGGGAAUCGGCGCAACGAACGCCACGGUCUCGAAGCCAGCGGCGUACUGGCGACGCUCGCAAGGCUUCUCUCGCCGAGGGGAAAUAAGCGGUAGCCGGGACAGAGGAGAGGCGCAGUCAGACAGUCAGGCCGCCAGGCAAGCGAGGAAGGCAGUGCAGCAGCCAAGACCACUAGAUCCGCUCGGCUUACCGACUUACGGAUUUAAGCCGGCAGGCAGUCCGAAAGGCUCAACCCGUUAAGCCUUGCCAACCCACCUACUACCGCGGCGGCUACUAGCUAGUACCUAGUGCCUAGUACGUACUACCUGGGCUUCCUCUCUGGUCAGAGAGGGCGGCAAGCGUAGCGCACACGGGCCGACUUAACUCUCGCGCCGUUUCCCCCCGGACUCUCUCCUACCUCGAUGUAAAUCCGUGACGAUUAUCCACGGCGACCUCGAGGCUAACGACGAAAAGGAAGAGCGCGCCCGUGAUUGACGGGAAAGAAACAAAUCGACGCGUGUGCUCGACGUGACGACGAAGUAUACGCGGGUGACGCACGGUGUUGUUAUUUCUGCUGUCUCAUCGUUCGACAGGAGUUACCGCCAAGGUGCGCGUCCUGUACCCUCGUGCUGUCGUUCCCAGUGCUGUUACACCGGGGAACUCUAACCUACUUCGUGGGACACUUACGUAACGCCCUCGUCUACGGGUUUUAUCUACCUUAUCAGGAGUCGCCUACGCCUAGGUGGUGCGCGCGCGUACUUCUCUCCCGGUCGAGACACGAUCGGCUCUCGUCGUAACGGCUACCAACGGCCACCGCGUGUAUAACCUCGUAAACAGUGACUCGUGACGCGGAAACGGACUGCAGCUUCGUUACUGCGCGUGUUACGAAUAAUACAGUGUACUAACCGUAAGAUACGAGAAAGAGCUACGGGUUCGAGGUUAAAACGUUACGAACGUGAAUCGUGUCGGUGGUAACACGUCCAAGAUUUAUAGAGGUUAGAAAGGUAAUUAAUAGAGCAUCCCCCGAGGACGACCGUCUGGGUAUAUUAUCAAGUGCGAAUCUUCGUGUCUCGUCGAUCCUCGUGAACGGUGCAUAAGUAUACGGCGAACAUAUGUAUCCUUGAGGGACGAACUUACCUUCGCGACCCCUAGUAAAAUUGGAGGCCUGACAGGGCCUGUGAAGUGGGACAGUGAGGUGUACGGAAAAGUCAGCACGACGUUAACUUUCUACAGCAUGGAGCGAGGGGGAGGCGGGGGGAGCCUCGAACUCGCCGGCGGCGGUAAUCCUGACCUCUGCCUCCCGGACCUCGUUACAGCAUCGGCCACUGGGCUUUCGGUGCAGCAUCAUCAGCAUGCUACCUCGGCUGCCUCCAUGGCUGGCUUACAUGCUGGUGAUCAUCUUCAGGGUGCCAUACAUCAUCAUGAUCUCGUCCAUGGUACACCGCAUCAUGAUACUUCUAUGCAUCAUAACAAUGCCAGUCAUCAGCUGCAUCAUGAACCUUUGGAGAAACUUAAACUGUGGACUCAGAGUGACUUCCGGGGCGGGACUAACGGCGGACUUGCAGGACUCGAUUCCACUGGUCAUGGCUCUCACACUCCUGGAGGAAGUACACCAAGCACACCCGGCGGUACACCCACCACACCGUCCGGAGGAUUUUCCACGGCUCAACCGAGAAACCGAUCGAACACGACCAACAGGCCCGACAUAUUGAAAGGUGUUCGAACGCCCACGGAAGUGAAACACGAAUUGGGCGGUGGCGUAGUCUCCCCUGCUGGGGGUGUCGGGGUCAAUGAUGCGGACGAUAAGGAUGGAAAAAAAAAUAAACGCCAGAGGCGACAGAGGACGCACUUCACGUCUCAGCAGCUCCAGGAGCUCGAGGCUACCUUCGCGAGGAAUCGGUACCCCGACAUGUCCUCCAGGGAAGAGAUCGCCAUGUGGACUAACCUCACCGAAGCUCGUGUCAGGGUCUGGUUCAAGAACAGAAGAGCGAAAUGGCGGAAGAGAGAAAGAAAUGCCAUGAACGCAGCCGCAGCCGCAGCGGAUUUCAAAUCCGGCUUUGGCACCGCAGGUCUGAACAGCUUCAUAGGACAGCCGUUUCCCGACGCCGAUGCUCUGUACAGCUCCUACAGCUCAUACAACAACUGGGCAGCCAAGGUUCCAUCACCCCUAAGCAGCAAAAGCUUCCCGUGGCCGAUGAACCCUCUGGGAACAGUGGUACCGACUGCCUCCCAUCAUCAUCAUCAUGCCCAGGUCAGCCCGGUGAACUGCUUCAACGCGGCCGCGACCUCGGUCGCCGGUAGUCACGUGGGCGGCAUGUCGGUCUCCGUGGGACAGGCGGCGACGUCGAUGUUACCUGGGAUGAGUUCCGGUCUAGGGGUGGCAGGUUCGCCGGUAGCGGCUUCCGGGGCAGCGUGUCCAUACGCGGCACCGGCGGCCCCGCAUCCUUACGGGCCACCCGUAUACACGCCACAUCACAGAACAGCCGCCGCGCCGGAAACCUGCACGGUGAUGUCCAGCAGCAUCGCCUCGCUGCGGCUCAAAGCGAAGCAGCACAGCGGCGGCUUCAGUUCCGUAAGCUCCUACAGCACCGGUGGUACCACCGGUACCACUGCCGGAAGUAUCAGUCCAGUGAGCUCCAGGGCGUCAUCCGGAGGCGGUCUCAGCGCUUGUCAGUACGCCUUGACCACCGGGACGAAUCCGCAUUCCCCAGGACCUGAGCACGGGAACGGUACGGCCAGGGCCCAGGUUUGAGGCGAGGCGGGGGCUGCCUCAAGCC